CGAGGUUGAGCGAGGUACGUCACUUUUUGUCACGGUACUUGAUAAUGGGCAGUUAGUUCGCAGCUGUUUCACAUCUGUUGUCGCAGUAUAAAAGUCAAACAUUGAAAGGCUUGCAGCGUUGUCUGUCACCAUGGCUGUCAAAUUCUCAGGUAUCGGAGUCCUGUUUUUGUUCACCUGUGUCUUCUGGUCCGCAGAGUGUUACACAAGUAGCUCGGGUAUCGCCAAGACGACUCGCUACUGGGACUGCUGCAAACCGACCUGUGCGUGGCGCUCCAAUGCCGGGGCAGUUAACAACCCCGUGCGGACCUGCGCUGCCGGUGGGAGGCGCACCCUAGACGAGAACACUCAGAGCGGCUGCAAUGGAGGCUCCUCCUUCGUGUGCAACAAUCAGCGUCCUUUCGUAAAGGGCGGGCAAGCCUACGCCUUUGCGGCUGCUAACGUAAACGGUUUGCCCACGAGUAGCCUAUGCUGCGCCUGCUACAAACUUACUUUCUCCGACACCGCACUCGCAGGCAAGAGUCUAAUUGUUCAAGUUACCAACACUGGCAGCGACCUCGGAAACAACCACUUCGACCUUAUGAUGCCAGCCGGAGGAGAGGGUAUCUUCACUCAGGGAUGUCCCAAGCAGUGGCCCGCAUACCCCAACUCGGUGUGGGGUGAUCAGUACGGUGGAAUUUCCUACAGAAAUCAGUGCGACGCACUGCCUUCAAAACUGGUCAACGGCUGUCGUUUCCGCUUUGAUUGGUUCAAGGCCGCCAAUAACCCCCACGCUAAAUUCGAAAGGAUCGCCUGUCCUUCCAUACUUUCCAGCAUUUCUCAUUGCAAGCGCAGUGAUGAUUAAACCUUCCUGACUUUUGUAGUCUCCACCUGCUACAUCUAGGUAAAUAAAUUGACGCAUAUGUGUGA